CUCAGCUUCGGCAAUCAUGUUCAUGUACGCUCAGUUGACAUUAACAACGACAUUUUAGAAUUGAGCAGCCCUGAGGACAUGUGGCUUACGCGGAAAUGCCCAAAUGCUUCCACCCUUCCCCCUUCUUGCUUACUACUUUUUAGGUACCUUGCUGAUUGGCAAGAGAAAUAUCUCGGCCGCUCCAGUGCACAGCAAUGUCGGGGAGCUGCCCAUCACAUUCCUCUUUACCCGACCUUGCUAGUUUAUCUAAGAGAUCAUGUAAAUGUCCCCCGAACAAAGAACCAGGGAGAAACCUGGUCAUCUGCAUUGAUGGAACAUCAAACACAAUCGAGGAUAACACUCAUGUCUUCGAACUAUACAACAAUAUAGUCGAGGACGACCAAACACAGCUAGCGUACUACACUAGCGGCGUAGGAACGCAAGCCAGGUUUAAAGGUUUUGUGCAUACAAAAUUGGUGAAGCGGGUCUCGAGGAUCUUGGACCUGGCCGUUGCUCAUGAUAUCAAGCAAAAUAUAGUGGACGCCUAUGGAUGGCUCUCAGACAGGUACCAUGAUGGUGAUAAGAUCUUCCUGUUUGGAUUUUCAAGGGGUGCAUAUCAAGUUCGUGCUUUGGCAGGAAUGAUCCACGAAGUGGGGCUCAUCACGCCCGAAAACAAAGAUCGGAUCCCCCGUGCCUUCCAGUAUUACUCCACCAUUAAUAGCGGGAAGGCCAAGGAUAUUCAACGUGCGAAGGAGUUCAAAAGGGCAAACUCCAGAAACGUAGUAAUACAUUUCGUCGGCGUAUGGGACACUGUUUCGUCUGUUGGCGUUAACAGGACAAACAUUUUGCCGUCCACCGAUACAUGCGAUCACAUUUGCUACUUCCGCCAGGCGCUUGCACUAGAUGAGCGCCGGGUGAAAUUUCAACCUGAGUAUGUCUAUGGUAGCAUGAGCGAUGAAUCGAACUGGUUCAAAUACCAAGAGUCGGCGCCACAUCCCACGGAAGAAGAUCCUAUUAAGGAGGUUUGGUUUGCUAGUAGUCAUUCGGAUGUCGGUGGCGGAAGUUGGAAUAAAACAAGCCAUCCCCAUGACCUCCGAAAUAUGCCUCUACUAUGGAUGCGUGAUGAAGUUCGCAAGGCGGGGCUUCUGCUCCAUCCCCGCAACAGAUAUGGGUAUGAAGAAUUUCAGGAAUACGAGAUUACCGAUUCUUUAACCCUCGCGUGGUGGCUGCUUGAGAUGUUGCCUAUUAGAUAUCUUUGCUACAACUCCAACACACAUAAAAGACAACCGCACUUUGGAAAAGGUCGUAUCAUCAUGCCCGGUCAAAAGAUCCACGAGUCGGUUCUAUUUCGUCCCAACUACCGACCUAAGGGAGUUUGUUGGAAGAAUGUUCAGCAAUGGCUUAAAGAAGCACAGACAGCAUCCGCUCGGGGUCGGUUAUCACAGCUUGAUUCUGCCUUGGAACUACUUCCUCUCAAAGGAUCGACUGCUGAAGCUCUCGAUUUUGGUGUAUCUGACAAACAGAUACCCGAUACUAGUAGCUUGGCCCUCAAGUGUUCAUUUGCAGUCAAGAAAAUCAUUCGCAAGAUGCUAGAGGCCAUGCUUGGUGUUGGCGGCAAAAUUAUCGGAGGUGCUGAACCUGCAAGAGACGAAGAACGUCUCAUGCGCCUCGGUGCAUUCGUCGCGUACUGCGAACUUGGUACUUCAAAUUCUCAGAAAUGUGCAGUCGAGAACAAAGACAUCAAGAAACGCAUGCAACACAACCUCAGUGAUUUCAUUAUUUAUUUAUUAUUUUAUUAUUUCCUUGGUUAUUUAUUGAUUCCAUUUUAUUGGAAACUAAUGGCCAUGCUGUAUAUGAUGUACAUAAUGCAGUGAAUGUACCAUUUUAUUCGCCUUC